GGCACUUGUGACUCGCGCUCUGAACGGUGGACCUAUCGCAUCUGCGACAGCAACGGCCAUGUGCUUUCGGGUUGUGGCAGUAGUGUGCCUGCUGGCCUCGCUGUGUGUCGGCCAGCAGCAGUAUCUCCAGGGUCCUCCUCCUCUGAGCGGGGGUUUCAAGGGCUACCAGCCGUACGGGCCCCCGGCCACCCCGGGCCCGCCCAGCGGGCAGAAGAACUUCGCGCCGCAGGGCUACGGCCCGCCGCCACAGCUCUACUCGUCGCCCCAGAGGCCCCAGGGGGGCUUUGCAUCUCAAGGAUACGUGCCCCAGGGCCCACCAUCGUCCGGCGGGAUCUAUGGUCCGCCUCAAGGCGCGCAACAGCCCCAGCAGCAAGCGCAGGGCCAGCCUGCAUCAUCCACCGGGUCCACUGACACCAAGGAAGAGGUCAAGACACCCCUCUUUGCAGCAGCACCCUUACACUACGUCAGCAUCGGCACUAAGCUGGAGGGAGACUACAAGUUCGGCUACGACACGGGCAAGGGCAAGGACAAGAGCGGCAGCUUCCGUGAGGAGACCCGGCUUCCUGAUGGCACCGUGAAGGGCUCCUACGGCUUUAUCGACGCCAGCGGCCGUCAGCGUAUCAUCAAAUACACGGCGGGCAAGGAAGGCUUCAAGGCCGAGGGUGACAUCUACCAGGAGGGCGCUCCCAAGGACACCAUACCUGAGCACCUGCAACAGAGCGUGUCUGCGUCCCCGUCCGCCCCACAGCCAUCGCCCCCAUCACCGGCUCCCCAACCUGCCACUCAGUACAAGCCUCCAACGUACGCGGCUCCACAAGGACCAUCCUACCCGCAGUACCAACCCCAGCCUCAGGCCCCACAACCUCAAGCCCAACAGGCUCCUUCUCUGCAUCCUGACAUUCCACCUCCGUUGUUCCCCAACUUCUCGGCCUCCAACCUGGCAUUCCCCAGCUUCUUCCAGCACCUGUCAGAACCGAAGUCCGCGGCCCCGCAGCCACGGCCUCAGCCGCAACAGCAGCCGCCAACGCUGGGAUACUCUCCCUUUACCCCAUCGGCAGGUUUGCAAGACCGACCAGGACUUAGGUCUGCACCCUUUAGUUACACGCCACCAUCGGCAUCUCUGCAGGCCCGGAUAGCUCCCCCAUCUGCUCCUGUGCGCUACAUUCCUCAGUUCGGUUCACCUCAGAGACCAGCUUUCGCGGGACUGCAGCUGCCGGCCGCUACGCAGCAGCGUCCAACCUAUCCGCAGUUUGCGCAGCAGUUGGGCUACCCGUACAGGCCUCCCGGUCCACCAUCGUACGGUCCAAGCUUGGCUACAAGUGCUCCGUCGCAAGGCGGAAAGCAGUACGUACCGGCGCAGUACCUGCAGCAAUCUAAGUUGACUUCAACGAAUAUCUUCAACCGGGAGGCUGACAAGGCUGCCACCAAGCCCAACUUCCAGGACUUCCUGAAGCAGUUUGUUCCAAGGCCGCUCCCCCAGCAAACCUAUUCACCAACAGGGCCAUCUCCGAGUAGGCCAACCUUCUCGCCUUAUGUACUUCCAACUGCAUCGGCACAGCAAGGGUUUCCGGCGUACCUUCGGCCCCCUCCUCAACAGAAGCAGGCCCUCUCAGCCUUCCAGCCACAGGGAGCCGCUCCGCUGUACGCUUCCUUCAGGCCCCCGCAACAGCAGGGACCUCCACCAAGCUUCGUGAGACCCGCCGCUCCUCAAAUUGUCAGCUACUCUCCGCAACCACCGAGCUAUGGAGCCACCGGUGCGCCUCAAUCGUCGUACGGAGCUGCGGCUGCACCUCAAGCGGUCUACGGCACCGGAGCAGCCCCGCAGCCAGACGCUAAAAAGGACCCCGAAGACGGAAGCUAUAACGCGGAGCUUUACGACCACGGCCUGUACGACCCUAAAAAGUACGAAGACCCCUAUCUCGGGAAGACGAGUUCUUCGGUCUCGCCGGCGGUGGCGCCGCAGAGUCUCCAGACGGCUCCUCAGGGUUACCAGGGCUCACCCCAGGCUUUCCAGAGCGCGCCUCAGGGAUACCAGGGCGCGCCUCAAGGAUACCAGGGUGGACCCCAGGGCGGCGCUCCCGCACAGCAAGGGCAAGUUGAGCAAAAGGCCCUGCCUAUAUUUGAUACGUCACUCCUGGCGUACAACAUCGGUACCGGUUAGUCUAGCGGUACCACCGUAGACCACAUCCCCAUCAUCAGCGUUCAGCUUCAUCCUUCAGAACCUCGCUCCUACGGCCAUCUGACGCCAAACACAGAAUUAUAUCUCCGAGUCUCUGUCGUUUUUGUAAAGAGAUAUAGUUAAAGUCAAGUCUCAUGCCCACACGUAUUCUUUUUGAGGCGCCACUGUCAAACCGUACCUUCUCUCGAGUAUUUAGGGCUCUAUUUGCCAAAGCAUUAUCAUACCUCCGAUCUCCUACGCUACCAAUCUAAGUGCCCAUACCUUCAGACGCUGUAACCUGACUGCCCCCUCAUAACAUAUUUACAUAGGUUUCGUCCCGCUAAAUUCCUGAAGUAAAUAACAUAACAUCUUGGAUAUGUACUAUACAAUGCUUGCUCAAAUAACACGCAAAGAAUAACUUAGUUUUUUUUUCUUUCUAGCUAUAGGACACUAUUUUAUUCCCGUGUUGUAUUAUUCCUUGAAUGGUUUGAGUAUCCGUAAUCCGGCACUGUGGGUUUUAAAACACAUUAGUAGGUGUGCUUCUGUUUAUUUAAACCUCGAGACGUAGCCCUGCACUUCUCUUCAUAUGUGUAAAUAGUGACCUGCAUUUGAGUGUAACUUGUGUAAUCAUUGAUAAAGCUUAUUAAGCCUAGUAUACUUUGAAUUAUAUUGAAGUAGCUACCUGAACUAUGAGCGUGGUAUACCUGCUUAGUUUGCUCGCCUAAAUCGCUUUCUUGCAGUAGCCAUAAACUUGUCGCUUUGUUAACAUCGCAAGCAAAGUUCAGAAAUAACAUAAUCUUCAUUGUUUUUUACUCGAGCUAUGUGGUAUUUAUAGAAAGCAGCUUUUUCUUUAAAGCUUAUUUGUGAUUUCUGAGGAGCUCACGUCCGCUCUAACCUAACCCUUGCGUCACAACUUCCUCUCGAAUCACAUCGGCAGCCAAUCAUUGCUAUUUAUUGAAGGGGCCUCCCCAAUGGCAAGAUGUUUCGACGAGUCAAGUAUGAAGAGAAUAAUUGCUGGAUGCGUCAAGCUUUUCCUUCGUGAGUACUUGGGACUUCACUUCAAAAACUGAUUUGGUGCAUCGUCAUAGGGUAAGUUCUUUCACUAGAUGGCCAUGAUGGGCGGUCGUCGUGCUUCGAGAUGGACGCCUACAAGCAGUUAUUAAACUAUAGUACAGCCUAAAAAACGCGCAUUAAAUAUAUUUGAGCCCUAAAACUAUUAUGAAAAUAAAGUAAACUUGGCGUUUGAUGGUGGAUAUCGCAUCCCGUCACCCUUGCUAACCAGAGCUUACUCCGACGCAGAUACCAUGAGAACUCGAUUGAGCCUUUGUUACGUUUUCUUGGAAAGAAAUAAAACGCCAAAAAAGAAACUGUCUGACAUCUGGUCUUCUUUCUUUUCAGUCACCGACUAUAUUAGGAUGCAGAUCACACAAGGCCCCGGAAAAAACACAAGAAAAAAAAAAGCGUAUCGUGGACUCAUCAAGGGCGAGUAGUCGGAAAUAAGAACGGGGUUAGCACACAGUUUUCAAAUUCCAGGAGAGGAGAUAAUGGCAUAAAAAAGAUGAAGUUGGUUCAAUAAGACUCAAAUAUAAGGGCUGUCGGAAUUUAUAGGCUUAAAAUGAACUGGCCAAUUGCACUCUUAUUUGGACUGCUUCAUGCCAGAUCCAAUCUCUAUAUUGAUCGUCAGAUCUAAACGUGCCUAUUAACAAUGACUGUGCUGCGACUGCAGCCGUAUAAAAUGGAAAUUAUUUACACCUUGCGGACAUAUUGAAGACCGUCCUUGAAAGAGUUGGGGCAUUGAAAUAUCCGACCCGAGACGGGAGAGAGUCUGUGACUCCAGAAGGUCUUUGGCGCAUGCGCUCUACAAGUUAAAAAAAAGAAAACUUGAAUAUGAUUUGAUGACAAGCUCGAAAAUGGAACGUUCUAACGCAUACAACAGGUCUCGAUCUGUCCAGGAUUUAAUUUACCGGCGACUUCCAGCGACGCCACGUUCGAAUCUGGACGGCGCGGAACGCCCGUCCAGACACGUGGAUUAGCGCAGCCGAAAUACAGCUCGUAUACAUGGUUUGCAUGUGACGUCAUUGAAAUCUGGUGGCGGUCAUUCCUACUUGUUCUGGCCGAGAGAAACAAAUUCGAUGGUGCCAAAUGUGCUGCAGAAGGCAUGCGCUAAGGAGCAAGGCCAUCAUAAUGGUCCCUGAUGCGACUACAGUGCAAGGCAUCGUUGUUCCGCUUAUCUAUCGACGCAAGCUCUCUUCGCGCAUGGUGUCCGGCGCACGCACUUCCCCUGAUGUCAGCCCUCGCUUAAUCACCUAUUGACCAAACCCUUUAGCGCGAAAACCACUGCCGCGGUGCCGUGUGCCCAGUAAUCGUUCCGUGCGGUACCCAAGGCGGCAAAAUUACGCUGAGGGGGCCCACCAUUAAAAUGCGGAAAUACGAGUCCACGAUUUCGGCGCGAGGCGCUGAGAACGCCCUUGGGACAGAUAUCUUCGAAAGGGUCUGAGACGGAGGCAUAGUAAUUGGAGCCACGCCUUUGCGUACGAAGCCAGGAAGUAGUGGCCGCACAAUGGUCAGCAGCAGCACAGCUCCCCGCUGCUCGGCCUUGGAGCCUCUCGAAGUAGCCCGAAGAACGUACACAGACACCUGACCGCGACGAACGCUGGGGCUAAACGAAGUUGUGUAUGUAUUUUUUCCCCCGAUUUGCCGGCCUCGAGUUUAAGUAUUCCGUCUAGAGGCGUUUUGUUUCGUGUAGGCAAUGGUCUGUCACGACAUGGUGGGUGUGCCGCCCGUCACAUUCCCCCGUGAUCCAAUGUUCAUUGUUCGUUGGGUGUGAGGAGAGACUCCAGUGAAAGUUAGUGCCACGAUGCGUGUCAAAUUGCUUACCUCUUGAACGAAAUGGACAGCUGUAUCGUCACCGAGGCACGGAAACACUCAAUUGAGACUAAUGGGGGGGGGGGGGGGGGGGGGAAGGGGGGGCUUUGUGCCAGUGUUGCACUUCUUAGCGAAGCUCAGAGCACUUUUCAGAUAUUGUUGGUUCUCGGAUAUUUUCAUAAAUUUCCCGCUACUUUCCAUGAAAACGUUAAAAUAUAAACCUAUAAGAAUUUAUACACACUGUGGUUAGCUUCGCGCUUUAUCUGGUGGAAUUCAGAGCCUGCAACUUUUUUUCUUAUUUGUUGCUUUCAUGAUUCGUAUACCAUGAUUUCUUUACAACACGCUCUUCUCCCAAGCAUGUGGUUGUGCUGUUCCUGUUUUAAUUGUUUUAUUCUUUCUUCAUCCAUGAAGAACAGCCUGUUAGUGUAAUAUCCCUAAAAUAAAAAGGCCGACUUUUGUAAGGCCGAUCAUAGUCGAAGCUGUGUCCAGGAGACCAUAGAAGAGUACAUAUUUAACCUCAUCUUGAGCGGGAAUGCUGGGAUGCAAUUGAGGAUGUGCGCUACGACAUUCUGCGACUUGGUGCAUCGACAGAACAAAAAGAAAAUGUUUUCAAGAUCGUGCGAUCUUAGCGUACGUCAUCGCCCCUUGUGGUGAAGGUCACUAUUACCCUCUGCUACCACUUUUCUGUCUUUUAGGUUCAAGCGAAGGAUGUGUAACUUAUUUUUUGUAAAUAAACAAAUCGUUUACAAUAAAAACAUGGGAAAGAAAGCAACUGCUUUUCAUUUCCGUUCUUAAAUAAAAAGAGUGAGUGAU